CUAUUUUGUGGAACAUUUUCUCAGAUAACAAACAUAAUAUAUAUCUACACACAUAUACAUGCAUAUAUGUGUGUGUAUAAAGUGUCUGAGAAAAUGUUCCCCAGAAUAGUAAUUUAAAAUUUAAAAGUAAACACAAUUUAACAAAAAUCACUCUUUGCUGUUUUCACUCAGUCUGUCAAUUAACUCUUUCAUAACAAUAACUAUAUAGCUAACAUUUUUAAUAACUGAAGAGUUUCUCAUUGUAUGGUGUAGUGUAAUGAUUUUCUCUGAUGUAGAGUGAUGAUAGUCCUUGAUUCGUUUUUUCCUUUUAGUAGUAAGUGGGAGGAGGGAGAAGGACGUACCGACCCAUACAGCAACUACAUUUCCCAUUGUCCCUUUCAGCUAGGCGUGGCCAGCAUGUGCUGUGAGUGGCCGUUAUGAGAGCAACUUCCGGUUACGUUCUACCUGUCCUGUUUCGCCUUUACGGUGAUCUGUAACGUGGUUAUAGUGCAUGGCGAAUCUUGGAGUUCACAGAAUCCUUCUUUUGGUUAUUUAUUUGACAAAGAGUCUGGAGAGUACAAAACUGUUGGCAGACCUUAAAAAAUGUGGCGACUUGGAAUGUGAAACUUUAAUGAGCAGAGCCUUAGCCAUGAGAGAUUACAGAGGACCUGACUGCCGAUACCUGAACUUCACUAAAGGAGAAGAGAUAUCUGUUUAUGUUAAGCUCGCAGGAGAAAGGGAAGAUUUGUGGGCAGGAAGUAUAGGAAAGGACUUUGGAUAUUUUCCCAGAGAUGCAGUCCAGAUUGAAGAGGUGUUCAUAUCUGAGGAAGUUCAAUUAUCAACUAAAGAAUCUGACUUUCUUUGUCUUCUUGGAGUAAGCUAUAUAUUUGAAACUGAAGAUACUGAGUUAAACAGUGAUAAUGAUGAAACUAUAUAUCCAUAUGAAGAAGAUAAAGACCAAAACUCUAGUGUGUAUGAAAGUGAUUUUCAGAUAGAAUCUGGAUUUUAUUCAACUUCUGAAAGCACUUUGUUAGAAGACCAAUUUCUAGCAGUAGAGGCUUCAGAUGAUAUCAGAAGUACAAUUGAAUCAAAAGACUGGGAAGAAGUAGAAGCUGGAAGUGUGGAAAAGGAUAUUGUCAAAGAAGAAGCCCAAGAUCAAAUUCCAGAAGUAGAUGAUGUCCCACCAUCCUCAGCUGUGCCUGAAGUGAGGGGGUGGUUUGGACUGAGAAGGGAACAAGCCGAAGGGAAGGCUUUUGAAUCAGUUGUUGAACCUCUGCAAGAAAGCUCAUUUCGAAGUAGAAAAUUAGCAGUGGUAGAUGAGAAUGACGUAGAGGAAUUAAAUAAUGAUGAGCCUCAAAUAGAACAUAAACAAGAACCUGAAUCAGAAUUUGAUUCAGUGCCAAAGAAACAUUCUGAACUAGCGUCUGAGUCUGGGCACAUUCUCAAAUCUCAAGCCACUGGUUGGUUUGGUGGUGGAUUUAUAAGUUUCUUCGGUUUUGGAGGUGAGGAUACAGGACUUGAAUUAUUGUCCACAGAAAGCAAUCAACCACUACAAGAUGUUCCCAAUCCCAUAUCAUCUGAUGAAGAACCUAUAGUUCCAUGUACAGAAAAGUUAGUAGAAAAAGAAGACCCAAUUAUUAAUGAUAGCUCAGUUCUCAAGUCAAGUUGGUUUGAUUUUGGUUUUGGUAUACUAGGCUUUGCAUAUGUCGAUGAAGAUAAAAUUAUAUCAGAUGACAGAAAAAAUGAAGAAGGAGGUGGAGGCAAUAAAUAUGAGCAUCCUCCAGCAAGUGAAUUUGGCACUCAUAAGGAACAAGAAACAGAAAUAAUAAAAAUUAUGGAAACCAAAGAUCAAAUAGACAAGAAAAGAGUCUUAGAGAAAACAGAUGAUUCUGAUACCUUAACAUAUUUUAAAAAAUUCUUAUAUAGUGUUGACAAUCCUUGGAACUUCCAGAACAUUCCAAAGGAAACAGAAUUGUCAUUUCCCAAACAGAUAUUGGAUGAAGAUACUAUAAUUGAAAAUGAUGAAACAGAACAAUUUUCAGUUGAAAAUUAUCCCACAGAUAAUGUGAAAGUGAUGAUGUCUAAAAGCAGAUACAGUCAGUCAGGUUAGUAUGAAAAUAUCUAUUGUGUAGUUUAUUUUUUUUAACACUAUUUACUUGUAAAAGUACAAAUCUGAUGAAAGAGGUGAGGAAUCCAUGUUUCUCAAAAUACUUAAAAAUCAACAACAACCUUUUCAACCAGCCUUUUUAUCAAUUUCUGUUUUACUCUAGGACUUAGAUUUUAAUAUAAUAAAAUAAAAUCCUAAGGGGAAAAGAAAGAUUAGAAAUUUGUUGAUGUU